AAAAUCUCUGGGCAAGCUCGAAUAUGUCCCAACAGUUUCGGAGAAGCUCGUCAGUCGGCCACCAGCAAGAUAACACCAGAGACUUUGACUCUACCAAACACAUCCAGGUUCACUAUUUCCAUUUCGACUCAAGUCAUGACGCUCAAUUCAACCUUGACAGCCCAAGCUGUCUUGGACAAAGCCCUCACUUAUUGGAGCUUGGUUCCCCAGCCGGCACAAUGGGCGUUCACUGGUAUCGGAGCCAUCUACGUUGCAGGACACGUGCUCUCAUUUUUCCAACUCCUCCUGAAUUGCUUCGUCCUUAGCGGCACCAAUCUUCGCAAGUAUGGCAAGAAAGGUACCUGGGCAGUUGUUACAGGGGCGUCGGACGGACUCGGCAAGGAAUUCGCUUCCCAGCUAGCCGCCAAAGGUUUCAACUUGGUUCUCGUCUCUCGCACGCAGUCAAAGCUGGAUGUUCUCUCUCGCGAAUUGCAGCUCAGGUGGUCUGGUCUGCAGACGAAGACGCUCGCCAUGGACUACACCCAGGACAGUGAUGCCGACUACGAGCGUCUGGCAGCGUUGGUCGUGGGCCUGGAUGUGGGCAUCUUGAUCAACAACGUCGGGCAAUCGCACAGCAUCCCAGUGCCAUUCCUGGAGACAGAGCGUAAUGAGCUCCAGAACAUCAUCACCGUCAAUUGCCUGGGCACUCUCAAGACUACGCAGAUCGUUGCGCCCAUUCUGCAGAAGCGCAGGAAGGGACUCAUCCUUACGAUAGGCUCCUUUGCCGGUGUCAUGCCCACUCCGUAUCUGGCCACUUACAGUGGUAGCAAAGCUUUCCUGCAGCACUGGAGCAACUCGCUGGCUUCCGAGCUUCAGCCAUACAACGUUGACGUACAGUUCGUGGUCGCCUACUUGAUCACUUCGGCCAUGAGCAAGGUGCGACGCACCAGUCUGCUCAUCCCCAAUCCGAAGCAGUUUGUCCGUGCCACGCUAGGCAAGAUUGGCCUCGACAGCACCGAGCGUUUCCCCAAUACCUGCACGCCGUACUGGAGCCAUGCCGCGUUCAAGUGGGUGAUUGAGAAGACCGUUGGCUCCACGAGCGCCUUCACUAUCUGGUUUAACAGAAGGAUGCAUAUCGACAUCCGGAACCGGGCGCUACGGAAAGCGGCGCGAGAGGCGAAGAAGCAGUGAAAGGCUACCUGG